CACACACACUCACACGCCUCAGGGUGUGCGUUAGUGUGUGUGCGUGCGCGCGCGCGUGCGUGGUUAAAAACUUCCUGGUUCUGCUCUUAUCUCGUUGCCUUCACUUUGACUUUAUUGUUUGAGCUCCUCCGUGUUCAAAGCUCGUCAUGCUAACUAGUCUCGUUAACCAAUUCCCGUCCUGAGGCUCAGACUGCUGGUUAGUUCAAGUUAAAAGCAUUAAAUAGUCGCUUGAGUUAGCCAAGGCAGACUGUUAGCGGUGGCUUUCCUGUCUCCAACAGGAUGUUUGCCUGCUGCUGUAACUGGCUCUGCAUGGACUCCACGGAUGUGGACCCGUCAGGCCGAGCUGACAGGAGACACCAGUCCUACACCAACUCGGCCUUCAACUCCCAGCCGUCUCCGCCUCCACCUGAGCACACCUGUAAGGCCUGCGGCGGCUCCUUCGACACACCUGCCAGGAAGCAUGUGUGUGUUGACUGUAAGAAGAACUACUGCAGCGGCUGCUCCGCCCAGCAGGGGUUGCGGCCACGCCUCUGUCACACCUGUCAGCGUUUCUAUGGCAAAAUGCUGGAGCGGGCGGAGCUGAUGAAGCUGAAGGUGAAGGAGCUGAGAGACUACCUGCACCUGCAUGAGGUCUCCACCCACCUGUGCAGAGAGAAGGAGGAGCUGGUGGAGCUGGUGCUGAGUCGGCAGUCCUCGCCUUCUGGCAGCUCCGCCCCCGACACCCCUAUCGUCCAGCCUCCCACCGUGACCUCUGACCCUCCGGACCCGACUCCUCGCAUCUCUGUUUCUGAUUCGUCCUCUGAUGCAUCGAGUCCGGCCCCGCCCACUCCGGAGCCCGAAGCUCCGCCCCCUGACUCAGAGACUCCACCCUCUGAUGCUGAGCUGGAGGACGACGACCCGGCCUGGGACCCGGAGGAGGCGCCGGUGUCGGGGCGCCGGGCCUCGCUGUCGGACCUGAAGAGCGUGGACGACAUCGAGGACCUGAGCGUCCGGCAGCUGAAGGAGAUUCUGGCCCGGAACUUCGUGGAUUACAAAGGCUGCUGUGAGAAGUGGGAGCUGAUGGAGCGUGUGACCCGGCUGUACCAGGACCAGCAGAACCUGCUGGCGGCUAACUCUGUGAACCCUGCAGGUGAGUGUGGUUCUGUGGGUCCGGGGGAACCGCUGCAUGGUUCCAUGUCUGACGCUGUCCCGGUCCUCCUGCAGGUGGCGGCGGCGGGCCGGCGCCGGGCCAGGAGGAGAACCUCUGUAAGAUCUGCAUGGACUCGCCCAUCGACUGCGUCCUGCUGGAGUGCGGUCACAUGGUCACCUGCACCAAGUGCGGCAAGCGGAUGAGCGAGUGUCCCAUCUGCCGGCAGUACGUGAUCCGGGCCGUGCACGUCUUCCGGUCCUGAGCCGCGGUUCUCCAGAACCAGCCCUCGCCUCCUCUUCAGAACCUCUAAAGCUGCAAACCAGAACCUGCUGAGGAGACUUGAUGACUUCUUCCUCUUUUCUUCUGCUGUGAUCGAAGCGUUUGGUACUAGUGUGACACUGUGAGAUCGGAUCCGACCCGUUUUCAGGUCCUGGACCAGAAACCCAGAACAAAUGGAGCAGGAAUCCUGCAGCUGCUCAGACUCUCCGCUUUGCCUUAAUCUGAAUCACGUUUGGGUCACGAUUGGACCCAACCGGGUCAGAACUCUGAGCUUUUUAAUGUUUCUGGUUAAUUCUUCCUUCAAAGUGCCUUUUGGGAACCGUUCCCACAGUCCAGGUGUAACGGACCCGCUACUGGAACCGGCCAGUGGAGGGGGGCGUCUCCAUGGCAACAGAGUCUGUAGCAUGUGCUGCUAUCCGACCCGUUACUCACUCAGAACCACAAAGAAGAGUCUUUGAACCAGACAGAAAGUUGGACUUUACCUGAACAAACCAGCACUUUUUUUUUUCCAGAGUCAGUUUGCUUUCCAGAUUGUUCACGGGUCAGAACUGUUCUGAUGCUGCGAGGGAGUCACCAUGGCAACCAGUGACUCGGCAUUUCCUUAUGAAACCUGUCACCAGGGGUGCUGGUAACUCCCAACAGAACCAACGGAUGCAGGACCUUUUAAAAGUCUGUAAUAAACUGAUUCAGCUCUCAGGUAACACGCUCCAGGUGUGCCGUGUAGCCCCGCCCCCAGCCUCAGAUGAUGGGCUCAACAGGAAGAGUCUGAAUCUAACCAAUCUGUUCUCAUUAUUUAUGUUGAAAUUAUGGGAUUUAAAAUGUGUAAGUGAAGUUUCUGACCUCUUACGACUUUUAAUGAAUCGCUGAACGAAAGGGAAACUAGAAUCUGAUCAGGUUUUCACUGCCGAGCCACCAGGGGGCAGCAGAGGUGGCCCUACUGCAUUUAAAGGGAAUAAAGAAGUUUUCUGGGAAUGUUCAGAGCGGGUUCCUUCCUGCUCUGGACCUUUAGGAACCGGGAGGUUCUGCUGAAUGUCUGAAGUCUAACAGAUGAUUUUAUGAUGUUUACCGGCAGCCAGUGUGAAGUUUUCUUCUUCUUCUGUUUGCACUAAAACCUUUUGAUGCUGAAUCACUUUAAACUUCCUUCUCUGGGGUUUUAUUUUGCUUUUGAUUUUUCUCUGAUUGUGUUAAAUCUGUCGUUUCUGCCUGCUGGUUUUGGAUCAGAACCGGACCCUCCAGCUGCAGAGUUAAACUGAUCCAGCGUCCGGCCCUCACAGGGGCCUCGAGCCACAGGUUGAGAACCUCUGUAGAUACUCCAAAUGAAGCUGGAAGCUAAAUAAACGUCCAGAUUAUCCUGGAAUCAGAGGGAUUAUUUGUAGAAGAUUUUAGUUUGUGGAUUGAGCGCAGAAUAAAUUUGUAAUGAAACGGA